UUUUAGUCGACUAAAUAGAUCUUUUUUGUAACUUAAAACUAAAUAGAACUUCUGUCACCAAUUCGAGAGUAUAUGUAUUUUACUUAGUUAUGUCAAUUUAUUAUUUUAUACAUGUUUUUAAAUAAGUUCAUAAGUUUAGUAAACAAAAUAAUUUUUUACAAUAACUGAAUAGACUUUUAUGGAGGCGAUGCUUUUGGCGAUUUAGGGUUUCAUGAUUUCAAGAAGAUGGGAUCCGGGAAUUAGAGAUGGGGAUUGGGUUUUUCCGAUCUUUCAUGAUCAAUUCACGGAUUGUGGUUUUCAAGGUCUGCGUUUGGAUAGUUUGGGGACCGUUAUGGGAAUAGCGAAGGAGUUCUGUGAGAUCUUAUGGAUACUGCAGAUUUGGGGACAAAGGCGAGGGAUUUCAGAGGCUAUCAAGGUGGAUUGCAAUAUCUCUACAGAGUCAGAUGUUGAAUCACGGUGAGGAGCUGAGGAACGGUGCAGGCAUGCGUAAGAGAUUGAAGAUUUCAGUGGCGCACUUCGACAAUUCUGCGCUGAUCAAAACCUAUUCCAAGACAUUGAUCGGGAGAUGUAUGAAUCCAGUGGAGCAGGAGAUGAAUGCGCUUUUCACAAAUCUCCCAAAGAUUUGGAAACAGGAAGAGAGGGUAACGGGUACUGAUCUGGGCUUUGGUAAAUUUCAGUUCGACUUCACGACGAAGGAGGAACUUGAAGCGGUGUUGAAGCAACAGCCUUACCAUUUUGACUACUGGAUGCUGGCUUUGGCAAGGUGGCAACCAAAACAAUCCAAGCUUUUUCCCUCAGAGAUCAUGUUCUGGAUAAGAGUCUUGGGGGUUCCUCUGGAGUUCAGGACGGUCCCGACCUUCGAGAGUAUUGGUGGAGCCUUGGGGAGAGUUGUUGCGGUUGAUGUGAAGCAUAACCGGGUUCAAGUAGUGAUUGACGCUUUUAAGGAGUUAUGCUUCGAGACGACGGUGGAUUUCAAAGGAGGAGAAUUUUAUGAGGAAGAGGAGGUGGCGGUGUCUCUGAGGUAUGAGAAAUUAUUUGGGUAUUGCAAGCUCUGUGCCAGUCUUUGCCACAAGGAUGAGCUAUGUCCGUUGAAUGAGAAGAAACCUAAGCCGAGUCCUGAACGAAGGAGGGAGAUCAGAGAAGGCAAUGGGCAUGGUCUGAUGGGGCUAAGCAUGAAGGAGGCGCUCGUAGCUAUAAAGGUGUUGUUAUCAAUGGUCAAACAACUCAACAGAAUAAAAAGCGAGAUGUUCGGGAGUAUUAUGGGAAGGGGAAGGGGAAGGCAUCUGAUGCAGGUGGAUCCAAGUGGGUUAAGGUUGAUGAGAGGGGGAUCUAGAGUGGCUCCUUCUCACCACGGUAAUUACAGAGGUGGUGGCGAGGGUUCACGGUUCAGAACCUCCAGAAGAGACGAGGGAAGCAGCGGAGCUAAGGGUGAGGGAGCUGGGGUUCACGAGGCACGUAGUAGGCCUUCUAUGGAACAGCUGAGAGAUGAACAAAGACAGCAGAACAUAGGUCAGGAGGUACGUGAAGAAGGAGAGAUUAAGGGCACUGAUGCGGUAGAUGCCACUACAGCUACUGAAGAGUUUCAACUCGAACUAGCUAAGACGCAGGCAGAGGGCUCAGAAGCGAUUAUGGAGGCUACAAAGGAGGAGAUGGGGUUACUCCAGUUACAGGGAAUGAAGGAGAACCAAGAUGAUAUGGAAUUAGAGGCUAUUGAUAUGGAACUAGAGGCUAUCAAUGCUUCUUUAUUGGAGAGAGGGGUGGAGUUGACAACAGAAGAGGAGUUCCAGACUCUCUCGGAGGAGGAAGCGGAGAAAGAUUCUGAGGUUAUUGGGGUUCAAGAAUACUCGGAGGAGAAGGAAGGGAUGGAGAGUGGUGAGUUUGACAGCAGCAAAGACACGGCGACAGAAGAGAUGGCGAAGAGACAGGGUAAUCGCAAGAGGCUGUUCAAGCCUACUAGUAGCAUUGUGGGAAGUAACAAGAUGAGGACGGCAAGUGCGCUUCUCUCUCCACGCAAAAGAGCUGCUGCAAAGGUGGGAACUCGUCCCGGAGAUAACGGUAAACCGGUGGAGAGUAAGGGGCCUUCAUACCCGAAGCAGUCGAAUCUCAAGUUCUAAAUUUAUGUAUCACGGCUUAAUAAUAAUAAAAUUAAGUAAAAGGGAAUUAGGUGAUGAGGAUGGGUUCUUAAUUAUUAAAAUAAGAUGUCUUAUUAAGAUCUGGAAUAAAAUUGGAUGUUUGGUUUUGUGGUGCU